AAAUUACAAUUUUCAAUAAAUCGCCUGUGAACUGACAUAAAGAAAAAGAGCGAGAAAGAUACAGAGGCAAAGACAGAGAGAGCAACAGAAAGAGCGAACGUUUCGUCUUGCGGACGGUGGGUCGAUCAAGCGACCUACCCAUCCGCUCUGACUGGGACUGGAGUGUGUGUUUGUUGUGUGUGGAGCUGUUCCUCUUUCCUCCUCCACGUUUGAUUGAAACGCGUUAAAAAUAACCGUAAAUAUUCCACCCCUUCCCCAAACCCCAACCAUCCCGCUGGCGUGCGCUCUCUACGACCCCCACGAUGUCUCGGCAGUCGGGUCGCACGCCGCUGCCGGGGCUUGGUGGGGGCAUCAUACACACCCACAUCCACACCCACAUCCCCAUCCCUCCCAUCCCACCCAUCCCUCGCAUCCCUCGACACCCGCCAUGCAGCAUCAUCAUCAGCAACAUCAGCAACAACAACAACAGCAACAACAACAGCAGCAGCAACAGCAACAUCAGCAGCAGCAACAGGAUCAGCUACAGCAGUCCGCCCAACAUUUGCAGCAAUUGCAUCACCAUCCGCACCACCACCACCACCUGCCUCUCCAUACCGCCAGCCAUCAUCACAGCGCGCAUCCCCACUUACAGCAGCAUGCUGUUAUCUCCUCCGCAACGGUUCCCUUGUCUACGCCAACCUCAGUGUUGCAGCAACAACAGCAGCAGCAGCAGCAGCAGCAACAACAGCAACAGCAGACAACACCUACCACACAUUCCACGCCAACGCAUGCGGUCAUGUACGAGGAGCCUCCCCCAGUGCCAAUUGUCGCCGUGCAGCAACAAACGCCCAUCCAGCUUUUACCCACACCUCAGCAACACCAACAGCAGCAACAGCAACAGCAGCAGCAGCAACAACAACAGUUGCCUGCAACGCCUGUUGGAGGAUCCCUUAGUCCAGCACAGACUCCAACAGGAUCGUCUACCCAGCAGCAACAGCCACAGCAGCAGCAUCUCACAUCUCCGCAUCAUCAGCAACAAUUGCAACAAACUCAACAACAGCAGCAACAACAACAGCAGCAGCAGCAGACUUCAAAUACAGUCCCUAGUGGCGCCUCUUCAGGUCUCCAACAACAGCAACAAAAUCCAGCGGUUGUCCCUGGCCAAACUCAAAUCGUGGCGCCGACAACGGCGAGUGUUUCUCCCUCCAGUGUUAGCUCUCAGAAGGAAGACAUAAACAUGUCCAUCCAGUUAGCGCCACUACAUAUACCCGCGAUCAGGCCUGGCCCCGGCUUUGAAACGGAUGCCUCGGCUGUCAAACGGCACACGGCACCCUGGCCCUACAAUGACGACGGCUUCAAUCAGUAUCACGCCUCCCAAUAUUAUUUGGAGCAGCGAGAUCGAAAACCCAUGUUUCCAUACUAUCCAGAUACCCAGUUUUCGUACUGGGCCAAUUAUCGUGAUCAACCGAACCAUGCCACACCAUCGGCCUACAUAGGUGCAACCGAUGACCGCAAUGCAACUGUCAGCGCAGUGGCAGCGGCGCGACAGUCGGUGGAGGGGACCUCGCAGUCCAGCUAUGAAACGCCCACCUUUUCGUCACCGGGCGGACUCCGCGGAUACCCAGGCGAUACCUAUUCCAGCACAGGUGCCUCGGGAGGUCUGUCAGUUGGAGCUGUGGGUCCUUGCACGCCGACCAAUGCACUGCACGAAUGGACUGGCCAGGUGUCGGUAAGGAAAAAGCGCAAGCCCUAUUCCAAGUUCCAAACCCUUGAAUUGGAGAAGGAGUUCCUGUUCAAUGCAUAUGUGUCCAAACAAAAACGGUGGGAAUUGGCCAGAAAUCUGCAAUUAACUGAGCGUCAGGUGAAGAUAUGGUUCCAGAAUCGUCGCAUGAAGAACAAGAAGAACUCGCAGCGACAGGCCAAUCAGCAGAAUAACAAUAACAACUCCAGCAGCAAUCACAAUCAUGCACAGGCCGCCCAGCAGCAUCAUAGCAAUCAUCAUUUGAACUUGGGUCUGAGCAUGGGACAUCAUACCAAAAUGCACCAGUGACCUUUGGAUAACAGCAGCGCUGGCGCCAUGGGCUUCACCACCACCUACUAGCAGUUAGCCAAUCCGAAUCCCACUUCGAGUCAAAUCAAGAAUGAGUUGAUCAUGGAUUUCCCAUGAUCACAACAAAGAAAGAAGCAAACAAAUCCAAAUGUACAAAUCAAUAAUCCUUUGAAUUGAAUGAAUUGGGAUUGGAUUGGAUAGAGCAGGAAGGAGGAGCAGGAAGGAGGCAGCCUAGGAAAGCAUUAACGCCGCUGUUUUCAAAGCUGACAUUAGAAGAAACUUAAUACAGAUGCAGAGAGGGAAAUAGAGAGGAGAAGAGAGAGGAAAAGAGAGAGUAAAAGAAAUGGAAAUAAAGGGAGAUGAGAUACUAGAGUGGAAAAUCUACGUUUAAAUGCGGUUUAAUUAAUAAGUCAGUUUUUAGAAAUAUUUCCAACAAAAGGGCAUACGAGACAAAGGCAAAGCAUCAACAGUUUAGACAAGGACCACUCGAGAGAUAAACCCACAGACAUAACGAAUGCUUAGUUUAGUAGUUAAAUCUAAAAAUAAAUAGCGAGAAACGGGAAGGAGUGAAGAUCGAUAUCGAUCUCGAAAUCGAUAUCGAUAUCUAGACUAUGCUAGGCACUUCAAUUCGUAAUAUGUAUGAAUAUAUAUGUAUGUAAUUCUCUCAAAAGCUCUCAUAACCUUACGCGCAUUAAUUAUUUCAAAAAAGAAAACCUAUAAAUUAUGAAUAUAUGAAUAUUACUCAUAAAACAUACACACACACACACAAACAAAUUAUGAAUAACAAAAGUUCAUGUAGUAGAUUUAAAACAAAAACAAAAUGUAAUUGCAACCGACGAGCACAUUGUAGACCCAGCAAAACAAAAACAAAUUGUUUAACAAUUCCUCAAGACACUCUAUUCAAAAUUGCAUAAACUAAAGAAAAAACCCUUCUAGCAUUCUCUUAUAAGCAAAAACACAAACACACACUCAAAUCAAUAUCCAAAAUAAUGCAGAUAAUGGACAGAGUCAAGUCACUACCUAGCAUAGAUUUCGUCGUGAAAUAUUCUUUGUGUCGUGUCCUUAGAUAACUCUUAAGUUCCUGUAUAUAAACUAAGACAUAAUUGCCCACUCCCAGGCGAAAUGAUACCGAUGUAUGUAUGUAUGUAGUUGCAGUUGCAUGCCACCUUUAGUGAAACCGUCUAAAGAGUAAAAAUAUAUGUAUAUAUAUAUUGUUCAAACACAAUAUAUACCAUAAAGUUUUGCAAACUGGAGUUGAAAUUCGAUUUUAGUAAAUAGUAACUCAUAAGAUUUCGAUGUGUGUGUUCGAUGUUUACUCCAUUUAGUUAAAAUCGCUUUCGAUCUAACUAAACAAAAAUAAUCUACAACUUAGUACUAAGGACAGACAAUUGCAAUCAAUGCAAUUGUGUAUCGCAGCAAAAAGCAAAACAAGAAAAAAAAAAAGAAGUAAAUUACUAUAUCUAUACCUUAAAUGCUACCUAUAUAUAUAUAUAUAUUAUGACAUAAUAUAAUAAACAUAAACGUACACAUAUGCAUACAUAUAUUUUCAUGUGUAUCGACUCUGCUUAAUCCUGAUAUUAUGCCUAAGUUUAGUUUUGUCGAUUUUUGUUAAUGCUUUGCCCCGUGCAUUAUAUUAUAUUAAAUUGU